AUUGAUAUAAAUUGGCGGUUGUUUGGCGGUAAAGUUCAGAAGAGAGAUGUCUUCGGAGCUUCUGGCGACGUAUGCUGGUCUGGGGACACACGAUGGAGAGCACUACUACAAGGGAGAAGAGUGUCUAGCAUGUGUGAAGGAUCUGAUACGGGCCCUGCGAGCCGACGACUCUCGCUGCGAGAUCAGACGAGAGCUGGGCCGAGCUAGAGUCCUGCAGAAGGACCUUCUCUCCAUACUGUUGAGCUCGCCUGAUGACUGCACACUCAGGAACGACAUCAUAAGAUUGCUGGUGAAUCUGACACAGCCAGCCUACCUCUGUUUUAGCGAGUCUCUACCAAAAGGAAAGGAUUUCGACUCUAUGCGAUGUUACAUGGAAGUAGAAGAACACCUACGGAGAUACAAAGGGGCCUUCACGGUGGAGUCUGUACUGAACGUGUUGGGCUCCGUCCUUGCCGACCUCUGCCAGAAAGACUGGGAUCACCGUGACGACGAUGACAUCAUCAUAAUUGAGAGGAUACUCCUACUGAUCAGGAACGUCCUACAUGUAUCACCUGAUCCUCAAGAGGAAAAGAGGACGGAGGACGACGUGAGCGUGCAUGACCAGCUCAUCUGGAAUCUCCACAUAAACGGGAUCGACGAGUUACUCGUGUUCCUGGGCGGCAGUGCCGAGGAGUCCCAGUGGUGCAUGCACGUUCUCGAAAUCAUCUUCCUCAUCUUCAGAGAACAGUCGCCAUCAGCUCUUGCAACUACCGGUCGAGAGCGGACGGCCGAAGAAAAGAAACGAGACGAAGAUUUGAUGGAGGAGGCUUUAGCCAAGGAAAGGGAGAGAAAAGCGAGGGCUGCGAAGAUUCGAAGUGCGAGACAUUCAAGGUUUGGUGGUACCUUUGUGGUGAAGAACCAGCGCAGUAUAUCGGGGAGUGAGAGAGUUUACCAUCGACCCAUUGCAGGUCUAAACAGCCAUUCCUACGACAUAGAGAAGCGGCCGCGACGAAGAAACAAGAACCGACGCCCCGUGUGCGAUCCGCCCGGCGACAGACUCUCAACCUUUAGCAUAAGGCUGGUGCUGAAGAACAUGUGUGUUCAAUUCCUCGAAUGCUGCUACAAUCCACUCAUGAAGAUAGUUAGGGACAAUAUUCGCCAUAACCGGUCAAUGGAAAAUGACGAUACAUUCUACCUCUGGUGUCUAAGGUUCUUCAUGGAAUUCUGUCGUUGCCAUGACUUCAGAGUAGACAUUGUUGGGGAGACCCUCCAAUUGGGUACGUUUCACUACCUCAUUCAGUUGAUGGCCUCCUACUACGAGAGUAUGGUGCUGGAGAAGAAGGAUAAAGUGGUGGCACGUCAGUGGGCACAGAGGCUGCACUAUGCCGUGCAGGGCUACCACGAGCUUCUUCAGUUCAUCCACCAAAUGAGCAUCUCUAAGGACGAAGCUCUUUGCGAGAAUUCGAAAGUGAUGCUAAGCAACCUCGUCUACCAUCAAGAAUACAGGGACGUGUUCGUUUCCCUUCUUCGUAAUUACAACGAAGUCGUACAGAGUCGGUCAUUUCUAUCUGUUCUUGUGGAGGCAACGCACCUCUACGUGCGUAUGAUGGAACGCUAUUGCCACGGCAACAGUCGCAUGAUCGUACAGCAGAAGAAGAAAAAGGGAAAACCUAAGAAAUCCAAGAAGAAGUCUAGAGGCAGUUCGACUGGCUACGUGCUGACGCAGGACCAGACGACAGAUCUGUGGGAGACCAUUGACGCCAGAGUGUUUGAGCUACUGGAGGGCCACGAAACACUGCCCCGGGCCGAGCCCGCAUUCGACGCAGCCUGCCAGGAACCCAUCGAGGAACAGAAAAUAACUACCAUGGCCCGCGUAAGAGCUCAUCUGAUUGAUGCAAACCAUCCCGAGGCCGUAGCUUUAUUCAGGGCUGCUCGUGUCUUUUGGCCUGAAGAUGAAGGAUUUGGUCGUGACGGGAUGACCGCCUCGGAAGAAAUGGAGGUCAUGAAAUCCCUUCUGUUUAACCCUGCAGCAGGUACGUUCUCAAACAAUAAGAUAGUGAGAUCGUAUUGCGUGGUGCUGUCAAACUAUCGCAAUAACUCGACCGCCCUCAACCACGCUGUCGCCAAAAUGCUCUAUAGGAUCGCGUUUGAGAUGAAAAUGGCACCUCUUCUCUACCAAAUCUCCAUAUUUCGGAUUUUCCAGUCCAUUUUGCAGGAGCCCGACUCACCCAGAAUUCAUGAGCUUAAGAAGUUUUGUCGUCACAUGGUAGCAGGGUUUUUCGCGGCAGCUGCGAAAAAUCCGCUCAUUUUCGUCGAGCUUCUGUUCUGGAAGACGUCACAAGAUGUCUACGAACUGACGGAGGGCUACGGAGCACUGGAGAGGGAAAGAGCCAAGAAGCAGCUGUCCACGGUCUGGACUCGGGAACAAGAAGAAGAAUUGGAGGAACUGUUCCAAAGAUACAGAAAUGAAGACGACGUAGUGGCCUGCAUACUGGCUGGCUUGCCGCAGGAUAUACCAAGAACCAGAAAACAGGUGGUGAAGCAGCUGCUGAGUCAAGAGCUGAUAGACAGUUCGAAACAACUGGCAAGAAACAACAAAAAGAGAACGGACGAGUGGUCGGAGGAAGAGAUAGCGCUUCUGCGAGAAGUGAUGGAGUCACGUGGGGAAGAGGGAGGAAAGAGACGCGAUACAGAAAUUGUUCAAGAAAUCGCAACCUACUUCCCGGAUCGUGGAGUUCGUAACCUGGCGUCCAAAAUGAGGGAGCUGGGGAUGCUGGGACGAAAAAACGGUGGGAAAUCAGGAGCUGCUGAUGAUUCAGAGGGAGAAGCAGUUAGUGACGAUGGUGGCGGGAGAUCUAGACAGACGAGGGAGAGAGGGAGGGAGAAGAGGAAGAAAAGGGUUAAAAAGAAGUCGUCCGGGAGUGGGGUGUGCAACGACGUUCCUCGUCUGGUGAUGUCACUGAGUUGCCGUGGUUACGAGGAGCAGCUGGCGUGGUUGGAGGCGUACCUGAAGGACGAGGCACGAGAUAGGACUGUGGAUGAUGAGUGGGAAGAGAUGUGCAUAGUUGCAUCUGGAGACGCCGUGUCUAAAAUGUUUAAGGAACCAGAUUUCCACAACCUCCUCACCGCCCUUCAGAUGCAGCCACCCAGCGAUACCGAAGUUUACUGGAGGAUUCCGUCUUCCAUGACACCUGGACAGCUGGAGUCUGCAGCCAGUAGUCUCAGGCCCUGUUCCAUACUGGAAGACACACGGGAGGUGGAAUCGGAAUCGGAGAAUGAAGAAUCAAAACAGGAGAAUGGAGAACUGGAACGAGAGAAUGAGGAAUCCGAAUCGGAGAAUGAAGAACUGGGGAACGAGGAAUCGGAACGGGAGAAUAAAGUUUCCCGAGACAGUGAUUUGGACUGUGACCAGAAACAGGAAGUUGAAGCUACAGGACAGGAAGUGGGUGGUGUUAACGAGGAGGAAGUGGGUGGAGGGGUGGAGAGGGGUGUGUCCCCAGACCGUACCGGGACGACGAGUGACGUGGAACUGGUCAUUGACUAUGGUGAUGAUGGGGAGGAGAGGCAAGAGGGUUCGCGGUCAGCUCUACUGAGACAGCUGGUGGCAAAGAAGAGAGAGAGGGGCAGGGAAAGGGGAAGACGACACAGACAGCACCAGGAAACGUCUGCUGUAGUAACAGAGCCACAACCAAAGAAACCACGCAUUGCUCGUCGCUCAGAAUUCCUCGCCUCAGACUCUGACAACGAAGAAGAAGAAGACCUCACAUCAAAAGGGGAUGAAACCUUACAGCUAGACGAUGGGGGAAGGGAAGAGGGAGGGAAGACGAGUUUGAAGAAAACCCGAAAACUGGCUCUUGAUUCCUCCGAUUCUUCAUCAUCAGGGACUGAGAGUGAAAGUGACAAUGACUCGAGAUCGUCUGGUGUGGAGGAGGAUCAAUCGAGUGGUGUCAAUUUGAGUCAAGAUGGAUCAGAUCGCGUUCAGCGGUGUCAAAAUAUCGCCACUGAUCUCCAGUCACCCGUCAUGGACACAGCUGAGCUUCUUGUUGAUACAUGUGAUCCAGCGAAACAUGAUUCUUCGAGAAUGACACCAGCCAACACAGACUAAAAGACUGUCUUUUAAACAUGUGAAAUGGGCAUUAUCAUAGUACUAUUAUGCCUCGUGAUUGUACCAGCAUAUUUUGCAU